ACAGAUAACUUAUCUGCCAAAUCAACAAACAGUAUGUCUUUACUGAGAAUUUAAGCAGAUCCUUAAACUGUCACCGGCAGGAAACAGAAAAGCGUGGGUCCAUCAGUAUGCUUUGAGAUCGUGGAAGUGUGGCGCAGCACCGCAACAUUGUUGCGACAUAAGUUUCCCUUGACGGGAAGUGGGUGGACCUACCCCAGAAUCACUGGACUGGCACCGGACGGGACACAUAUGACUGCUAAAAUUAGUGUUUUGGCGAUUGUUAGGUUUUAGAAAUAAAUAAAUAUGAUUUUGAUCUAAUAGAGAUUACAGGGACCAACAUUGAAGCCAGUUAGUCAUCGUCAUGGUGUCUGCGAGAGAGCUGUUGCUGUUCGCCUGCCUGACCUCUGCUCUACCUGCCAGAGGUGCGUUUUCAGAAGAUGUCAACCAUUUGGUGAUAGCCCCACAGUCUCCUGUGCUAGAGAUUGGGACUAACUUCACAGCUACAUGCAUGAUCCUCAACACAGAGGAAGUUACAGCAGAUGACCUCUACUGGAAUCUGUCUAAGACUACUGUAUCCAAAGAACAGUACACCCAGAUCAACGGGUCAGCUCUCAGUGUCACUAUCCCCAUCACCAGUGAAAAAGCUGAAUGGUUAUUUUGCCUCUGCAAGAAAAAGUCACUCUAUUUUGUCCUAAACGAAGGCAAAUUUAUUCACGGGAUCUACCUCACGAAAGGCUAUCGUCCAGAGAAGCCUGAGAAUGUUUCCUGUGUGGCAGUUCAGCAGCAAAAGUACAUAUCUGCAAUCUUCAGAUGUGAGUGGGUACCAGUGGGACGUCAAACCACAGAUGUCCCUACAAGAUACACACUGAAUGUUGGAGUCCUCACCAGUCGGACCUAUAAUGUGUCCACAAAUGAAAACAGUGCCCAAGUGGAGUUUCUGGACAGCUUCCCCUAUUUCAUGACGCUGGAAAUCUGGGUGGAGGCACAAAAUAAACUGGGAACAGUACAGUCUGAGCGUCUGAAAGAAGAUGCCGGCUGGUUUGUAAAAACAAACCCUCCAUCAGCCAUCAGAGUCAUUUCAGAGAAGGAUUUCCCCACCUCCCUUCUGAUAAACUGGACUCGCCCUAUUCAUAAAGAAUAUGUGAGAUUAACAUAUCAAAUAAGAUUCCGCCCAAAUGGAUCUCAAAGUUGGAUUUAUGUACCUCGUGUGGACACUGCCAUGGACAUACAAAGCUUCAGACUCCAGAACCUUCAGCCAGACACAGUAUAUAUCACUCAGGUACGCUGCAAAAAUUCUAAAGAGGGCUACGGAUACUGGAGCGACUGGAGCCACAUCGCUACCAAGAGAACAUCGGAGGGCCGACCAACAAGUAAACCGGAUUUAUGGAGAACCGUUGCUGAGGUUGACGGCAAAAAUGAACGACGUGUGCAGAUUAUUUGUAAGGAUCCUGUGUUCACCAAUGGAAGGAUACUAAGAUUCAACAUAAAGAUUCAAGACCAAAAGGAUAAAGUUGAGAAUGGAGGUUUGGGGUGGGAGAGUGUCAACAGGUCAGAAAGCAGCUCUGGCCAGCGGGAGAUCACUGUCCUUAAACACAUUGGCCUGGCUGACCAAAAACGUGUUAAAGUGUCCGUAACCGCUAUCAAUUCGGCGGGGAAAUCUGAUGAGGCAUCGCUAGUCAUCUCCGAAAAAGCACAUGAGCCCCCCCCAGUUAAAGAGCUGAAGGUGUGGUCCAAUGGGGGCCAGCUGUGGCUGGAAUGGAGCCCCCCCAACAGUACAUCUGUGUCAGAGUACGUGGUGGAGUGGGUCAGUGGUGAUCACGUAGACUGGCAGAGGGAACACAGAAACACCAGCCUCACUUUCAUUAAAGGCAACCUUGAGAAGUUUGUUUGCUACAAUGUAUCAGUGUAUCCAAUAUACUCUGGAUGGAGUGGAAAGCCAGCAAGCAAAGCAGCCUUUCUGGAGCAAGGCGCUCCAUCUGAAGGCCCCGAUGUUAAAUUGAAGACAGGACGUAACGAGGUGGAGCUGGUGUGGAGUGAGAUUCCCCGACGCAGCCGACGAGGCUUCAUCACAAACUACACCAUAUUCUAUACAAAUGGAAGUCAAAUUCUUAAAAUAACAGUGCCAGCAACCACCACUUCCUUCACUUUGAAGUCAUUGUCAGGCAACACCAAGUAUGACACUUGGAUCAGGGCUUCAACCAUCCGAGGCUCAGCCAACAGCAUUAAUCACUCCUUCACCACUCUGAAAUAUGCACCAGGAGAGAUGGAGAGCAUUGUGGUCGGAGUGAGCCUUAGCUUUCUGUUUGUUGUUCUAAUGACCAUGCUGCUCUGUGUCUACAAAAAAGAUGUGAUCAAGGACAAUUUUUGGCCUCAGAUUCCAAACCCUGGAGAGAGCACCAUUGGAAACUGGUCUCCUGAUUAUCCUUUGAAAGCAGAGACACCAAAGGAGAACUGUCUGUCUGGCAUCAGUGUGCUUGAUGUGGAUGUUUGUGAUGGAAAAUGUGUGUUUGAGGAGGACAAGGCCAGCCUGCCUCUGAAAAAGGACAAGUAUCUGUCUGAGGAGCACAGCAGUGGCAUCGGUGGCUCCUCCUGCAUGUCGUCACCUCGCCAGAGUGUGUCCGACAGCGACGAGGGCGGCGACAUGGCUGAGACCACAGCCAGUACCGUGCAGUACUCCUCGGUGGUGGCCUCCAAUGGUUACAAGGGUCAGACCCCCAACUCCCAACCUCAGCAGGCUAUUUUUUCACGGUCUGAGUCCACGCAGCCCCUGCUAGACUCUGAGGAGAACCCAGACAUGAUGCUGCAGGAGGUCAGCAGACAGUCCCAGCGUUUCACACACACUGCAGGGAACCAAGACAGCAGCAACCCUGCUGACAUCGACCAGCUAGAGAUGGAGCAGCAGGAGGGGGUGGAGCCUCUGGACUUCUGUCCCCUGGAAGAGGACUCUGAGCAGACAACACCUCCAGACAACCAGUCAGAAGGAGCAGGCUCUAACUACAUGACUCAGCUGGGGGGCUACAGGCCACAGUAAGAACACAGACACACCCAGAUGUGUCACCUAUGUGAAAGGUUCUGUGGCUUUUGUUAAAGUGGAAGUUCAGGACAUUUGUCUCCCCCCUCUGGCAGUGAGAGUAAUUACACAACACAAACACUUUUGACAGUAUGAAGUACUGCAGGUGAGCUCACCCCCCACCUCACCCUUUUCCGUUGAUUGCUUUCUUUUUCUUUUCUUUUUUUACUAUAAUUCGUCCAGUUACACCAAGUUCUGUUGUCUGGAUUAUCCACUCCAGAAACUUUGUAAAAAGCAUCACCGGUGUGCCAGUGUGAGAGAGCAGCCAGACGCCACACCUCCCGUAUACUCUGAGCUUUCCCUGGCAGCCCUUGGCUUCAUCAGCAUUGUGUGAACAUCGUGUGAGCGUUUGACAAAGGCUUGACUGUAACGGACCGUCAUUUAUAUGUUAAGUCCGGCUUUAAUGUCAAAUGUUCAUUUCAACUCUUUAAGGCAGUGAAGAACACUGUACCAAUAUGUAUUUUUUUACUUAACCAAGUAUAAAUAUUUCACGAUACACUCUGCAAUGUGAAUUAGAGCUUGUAGCUUUUUGCACCGCCACAUGUUUAAAGUAAAAUAAUUCCCCAAACAUACUCGACACAUGUAUGUUCAAUAAAUGUCACUUGUUGCAUUUCAAAAUAUCUGCUGCAAUGUGGCACAAGUGUGAGCCACAGUUUCAGGAGUGACUUGUGCCACAGCAGGUGCUUGUUUCUGUUUGAGCAGGCUGUAGCGCCCCCUUGUGGAGGGUUUUACCUCUGCACGGAUGUUACAAUUCGUUACCUGGGCAUUUCACGUACCUAGAGUAUGUUUUCAGUUUGAGUAUAUUAACUGCAUAUGAAUGUAAUCAAGUUCACACGAACAUGCACAUGAUGCCAGUGCAUGUUCAAUAAAAACGUUAACUUUAACUGCCUUUGGAAAAAGGGAAAUGUAAAAUCUAAUGCAUAUCUGAGUGAUGUACAGUUUUUAGCUCACAUGACAUCAUUUAGUUAAAGGAUUCCUGUUCUGCGUAGUUUGUGUAUGUUAGGUCUUUUAAUGUGUACUUCAUUACAACAGUGGUCCUACAUUACCCAGUGUUCACCCCUCUCACCACCGUCUGUUGGAGCAAGCAUUACCUCCUCCUUUCUUCUCCUCUUCCAAUGUUCAAACAUAUUGAAUGUGCUGUCAUCAUCAACACUGAGGAGGACUGUAUUUCAUGUUCUACUAACAUCAGCUUGAUGCAUACAGCUUUGAGUAAUUAUUGGGAAGUGACGAUGUGAUCGACCCCUCUGUGACCUGGUCUCAGCCACUCGGCUCUGGACACAAGUCACAGAAAAUACAACUGAAGGCAAAGAUGAGCCUGCCAUGGGAUAAAGUAAGUGUCAUGCUUCAGUAUAUGAAAUGCAAGGAAAAGUGCAGAUUUCAGUCUUAUUACCUUUUCAAAGUACUAUUUCAAUGUGUCAAGCAUUUCACCAUGCCGACAAAGGUCAAGGGUUUCUCUGUAAAUGAUCAAUAUAAAAUAUGAAACCUGUUUUAA